AGUCUCUCCAAUGGAGAGACGGUGUAGGAGUUGUUCUGCUGAUGUGUCAGAUUGUGUACCUAUCGUCUCCCUCCAGGAUUUUGCCGUCUGCUAGCGGGGUGUUUAACAUACUAGAUUCUAAUAUCUUCUUUGCUGACUUUACCAAUUGUUCUCUUCCCCUGCUUCACUGUUGCUGCGGCGAAGUUUGUGACUCUAGGCUGGAGAUUUGUCGUGAGCACAAUUUCCAUCCCCAAUCCUAGUGUAAUAAAUCCACGAUUGAUGGACUUUUAGUUCAUAGGGACGGCCGGGGAUUCUCUUAUGGUCUUAAUUGGGCUUUGGCUGGAAAAGGUGUAAUUGUGAAGGAUAAAGCUUUUCAUAAUUCGAUGGUUUCUGAGCUGCAUCAGAAAGGUGCAACAGUUGUGGAGUCCUUAUCUGGCCUUCCAGUUCUUGUAAGAGGAACGAGCGGAGGAGCUUCAGAGUUUUCGAAGGCUCAGUCUAGUAAGCUUUUGAAGCAGAUCUGUUCUCACAUCUCAUCAAUCUCCAACAUUUAUGUCUAUGAUGGGGCUAUUGGUUCCUCGCCCAAAUGCGAUGCAAAAGUCCGUGUCAUAAGUGAUAGUCCCUCUGCUAUACUAUCUUUAUCCAGUGUCCUAUGGAAGACUCCCGUACGUGCAGUUUCCCAUGAUUCUUGUCCUUUGACAAUUUAUGUUGCCAUGUCCAUAAGUUUGAGUGUGGGCUCCAAUAUCAGUCUUGAUCCUAAAGGCCAUGAUGGAUUUAUAGCAGCUGAUGUUGAGAGGUCAUCCGUUGUUCUAACUGGUAAAGCCUUUGCAGAUAUAGUUGGAGUUAAGGAGGCAUUAACUGCUGUAUCUGAACCUAUCAUAUGUGCAAGGGGAGGCCUUCCUCUAUCAGCAAGGCUUCUAGUGCAUGGGUAUAAUGUGGUUCUCCUAUUUGCCCCUGAGGCUCCUAUCGUGAGCUGCAAAGACCAGUUAGAGUCUGCAGAUGCUGGCCUAAUUGUCUCUUCUGAAGGCACUGCACUACUCUUUCCAACUGGAUAUUCUGAUGGCCCUAAUGUAUACAAGAUACCAGAUGCCAUUGUCCUGGCAUCGUCUGACAGUACUGGCACUCUCCCUCCUUCGUCCAAGCUGACCCCUGAGCAAGCAGCUUAUCAUUUCUUAGCUGGCUAUCAAAAUGGGACUUUUACACCUGUCUUCAGCAAAGGUUCAUCUGUCAAUCCAUUAGAACUUGCAAAGGCUCUUCUAGCCAAGCUGAAAGACAACCAGAUCUCAUGUUUUCUGGUUAAUGUCAGUGCAGGAGAGAAGGCUCCACUAGGUAACGAAUUCAUGAAGUUGGUGCAAUCAACUCUAUCCAAGAAAGUUCUACCCUUUGAGCCUAAAGGAGGAUAUUUGAAAGCAAAAUACCAGAGCUUCUUGUCAGCCAAGUUUCCGGAGAAACCCGAAGAAUUUCGCUUCUAAGAGAGUGAAGGCCCUGUCAAAAUGUAGCUUCGUUUUCUUGAGUCGGUGGUUGUAGCUUUUGUACCAUCAAACGUGAUUUGUGUACAUAUAUAUAUGCCCACGUUUCAUUCCUUCGGGCCUAUCAAGCGAGUUUGAUGCAUCUUCCAUUGC